AAAUCCCCUAGAACUUGGCUUCCGUCAACCUGGGGAGAGGAGCCUUUCUGAUCCCUGCGUCUGCCCCAAAGCGCUCUUCCUAGGUGCCAGACUCCAUGGACCAACCAGAGGCCCUCCGCUCCGGCACGGAGGCCCGCGCGGCCAAGGCGCGAGACCUACUCCAGGCCGCGCUCGAGGACCUGAGCCAAGAGCAGCUGAAGCGCUUCCGCCACAAGCUGCGGGACGCGGCCCUGGACGGCCGCAGCAUCCCGUGGGGGCGGCUGGAGCGCGCCGACGCCGUGGACCUCGCGGAGCAGAUGAUCCAGUUCUACGGGCCGGAGCCUGCCCUGGACGUGGCCCGAAAGACCCUGAAGAGGGCGGAUGUGCGCGACGUGGCUGCGCGACUCAAGGAGCAGGGGCUGCAGUGGUUUAGCCCCGGCUCCUCCGCACUGCUCUCCGUGUCGGAGUACAAGAAGAAGUACAGAGAGCACGUCCUGCAGCAGCACGCCAAGGUGAAGGAGAGGAACGCCCGCUCGGUGAAGAUCAACAAGCGCUUCACCAAACUGCUGAUCGCGCGCGAGAGCGCCGCGCUGGUGGACGAGGCUCCGGGGCUCGCGGAGGAGCCGGAGCCGGAGCGCGCUCGGCGCUCGGACACCCACACCUUCAACCGCCUGUUCGGCCGCGACGAAGAGGGUCAGCGGCCUCUGACGGUCGUGCUGCAGGGCCCGGCGGGCAUCGGCAAAACCAUGGCUGCCAAGAAGAUCCUGUACGACUGGGCGGUGGGCAAGCUGUACCACGACCAGGUAGACUUCGCCUUCUUCUUGCCCUGCCGCGAGCUGCUGGAGCGACCAGGCCCGUGCAGCCUGGCCCGCCUGGUCCUCGACCAGUGCCCCCACCGCAGCGCGCCCGUGCGCCAGAUGCUCGCUCGCUCCGAGCGGCUGCUCUUCAUCCUGGACGGCGCGGACGAGCUGCCGCCGGGACCCGCCGACGCCGCGCCCUGCACAGACCCCUUCGAGGAGGCGGACGGCGCGCGCGUGCUGGACGGCCUGAUGAGCAAGACGCUGCUGCCCGGAGCCCGCCUGCUGGUGACCGCGCGCGCCACCGCCCCCGGGAGGCUGCAGGGCCGCCUGUGCUCCCCGCAGUGCGCGGAGGUGCGCGGCUUCUCCGACAAGGACAAGAAGAAGUACUUCCACAAGUUUUUUCGGGACGAACGGAUGGCGGAGCGGGCCUACCGCUUCGUGAAGGAGAACGAGACUCUAUUCGCGCUGUGCUUCGUGCCCUUCGUGUGCUGGAUCGUGUGCACCGUCCUGCGCCAGCAGCUCCAGCUCCACCAGGACCUGUCGCGUACCUCCAAGACCACCACGUCCGUAUACCUGCUCUUCAUCACCAGCGUCCUGAGCUCGGCGCCUGCCACGGACGGCCCCCAGAUGCAGGAAGAGCUGCGGAAACUGGGCCGCCUGGCCCGCGAAGGUACCCUCCGGCACAGGGCGCAGUUCCCUGAGAAGGAUCUGGAACGACUGGAACUUCGUGGCUCUAAAGUGCAGACGCUGUUUCUCAGCAAGAAAGAACUGCCAGGCGUGCUGGAGACAGAGGUCACCUACCAGUUCAUGGACCAGAGCUUCCAGGAAUUCUUCGCAGCGCUAUCCUACCUGCUGGAGCAGGAGAAGGCUCUCGAGGCACCAGCUGACAGCGUAGGGGCGCUUCUGCAGGGGGGCACCGAGCUGCGCGGCCACCUCACGCUCACCACGCGCUUCCUCUUCGGGCUGCUGAACGGGGAGCGGCUGCGUGACAUCGAGCGCCACUUCGGCUGCGGCGGCGUGGUUUCCAAGCGCGUGAAGCAGGAUGUCCUGCGCUGGGUGCAGGAACAGGGCCAGGGUCACCCGAGGGCGGCUCCCGAGGGGACUGAAGAGACAGAAGCUCCGGAAGGCUCCCAGGAGCCAGAAGAGGAGGAGGAGGGCGAGCUCAGCUACCCGCUAGAGCUCCUGUACUGUCUGUAUGAGACGCAGGAGAGCACCUUUGUGCACCAGGCGCUGCGCGGCUGGCCGGAGCUCCUGCUGGAGCGAGUGCGCUUCAGCCGCCUGGACCUGCUGGUCCUGAGCUACUGCGUGAGGAGUUGCCCAGCCGGGCAGGCCCUGCGGCUGGUUAGCUGUGUGCUGGUCCCCCCGCAGGAGAAGAAGAAGAAGAGCCUGAUAAAGCGACUGCAUGGCAGCCUCAGCGGCAGCUCUUCACAAGCCACCGCGAGAAAAUCCCAGGCCUCUCCACUACGUACACUCUUCGAGGCCAUGACUGACCAACACUGUGGUCUGCACAGCCUGACGCUGUGCCGCUGCAGACUGCCGGACUCCAUCUGCCGAGACCUCUCCGAGGCUCUGAGGGAGGCCCCCGCCCUGAGGGAGCUAGGCCUCCUCCACAACCGGCUCAGCGAGGCAGGCCUGCGGGUGCUGAGUGAGGGCCUGGCCUGGCCGCAGUGCCGGGUGCAGAAGCUCCGGGUGUGGCAGCCCGGCCUUCAGGAAGCCUUUCAGUACCUCACCAGCGUGCUCAGGCAGAGCCCAGCAUUGACGAUCCUGGAACUCGGUGACUGCCAGCUAUCAGAGCCCACAGUGACCGACCUGUGUGCCGUCCUCCAGCACCCGGGAUGCCGCCUACAGACCCUCAGGCUGACCUCCGUGCAGCUGAGCGAGCAGUCCCUGAAGGAGCUUCAGGUGGUGAAGACAGCAAAGCCAGACCUGGUCAUCACCCACCCAGCCCUGGACGGUCACCCCAGGCCUCCCGCAGGACACAGCAGUGCCCUCUGAGUUCCUGAAGGCCGGAGGAGGGCUCAAGUCAGCCCUACGGAGUGGACUUCCUCAUCCCAAGGGCAAGAGGACACUGCUGUCAGCUCUGGGCAGCUCUUUUGAGCCUGAGUUGCUGGGGGCAGGCAGAUCGGAGGUGAGGACGCACGUGGUCCCUUACCUGGUUGGGGACAGGUCCUGGGACAUGCUCCUCCCCCCACAGCCUGGGCACAUGUUACCUCUCUGUCCUCCACACCAGCGACCCCUCCUCCCCCAAGCCCCCACUGCUGCUCCACCCACCUGCCUCUCCUGGGGCCUCCAGCCAUCCCCCGCUCCCCCACCGCAGACGCAUCCAGCAAGAACAAUGGCACUGAGCGCCCCAGUCAUGGAGCGCCUGUCACAGGUCCGCCUUCACCUGGUGCGUUCCGCACAGACCACUGAUCCCAACCCCACCUGCACUUCGGGCCCCACAGUGCAACUCUGGCCCUGCUCCCGGGGGGCCAUGUGGGGGCUGACCCUGACCAAACGUGGGCAGGUUGCCAUUCCUCCCCAGGGAUUCGGGUCUUUGAAGCUGUUGCUGAGGCUGUGUGGUCCCAGUGCAGAGGUAUCCGCUCACGGCUACUUCGGGGAUGGAGCCCAGGGCGAGGCCUGGAGCAGCCGCCGGGAGGGGGGGGGCUGUGCUGGCGCGGGGUUGGUAGGCCGCCUACCCCCACCCCACACACGGGUGACAUGUUCCGCUUUGGAUUUGCUUCCGUCGGCUUCUGUUGCACAUAGUCAAGCACCCUCACAAGGGUGCUUUUCUCUGGCCACCAACCCACCUGUAUGAGGGGGGCUCUAUUCCCCAUCCCCUGGGAGAGGAAGCCGAGUGAUGCCGGAGCCGAGCCACAGCACUCAGCCCCCCGGUGCUCGGGUCUCUGCUGCACACAGUGGGCCCGACCAGCUCCUCAGACCUCGGUCCGGGCGGAUGAGAACCACAGAGUCAACACCUUCCCUUCCUGGGGGGACGUCCCCUCCAUGACCACCUCAAGUCCAGCGUUCACUCCACAAAACAGACAAAAAUCCCCGAGCCUGACAGGAAGAAAGACAAUAAACGUGUACAGACGGGCCGA